GUGAGCCGCAGUUCCCGCUCGAUACCCACCGCUGCUGUCGCCGCUGCGUGCCGCUCUUUAUCUGGUUGCGAGGCGAUGCUGUGUCCGUGGCAACCUCUGCUGCCACUGGUGCUGGCUGUCUGGGCCUCAGUGUCGAGCGGAGAGCUGUUGGUGCGCAAGUGCUGCGGCCAGCAUCAGUUCAUGGACGACAAAUACGCGUGUCGCGACGCAAACGCCAGCCAGGAUAACAGCGACGACCCCUGGUGGUGGCUGCCCAAGAGCUCCGUCAGUCUCAACGACACCUACGUUGAGCCGGAGAACGUGACGCGGGUUCUGUCUGGCGUGAGAGCCGAGUACAACGCGACAGCCACCUGCGACCGGAAAUCGCAGCUCGAGCUGGUGAACUUGCCCGGAGAAGACAUGGACGAGUUUCACCUGCAUAUAGGGUCUCAACAGGUGGAGCUGGAGGUGCUGCUCCUGGACACGGCCCCAGAGGGCGCGCUGGUGCCGGCGACCUCCUUCUGCGUGGACGGCGUGCGCGUGGACAGCAUGGUCCUGCACAUCGCCUUCGCCUGCGUGUGUGCGGGGGCGGCUCCCUGCGUUCGCAAGUGCUGCGAGGACGGCGAGGCCUACGACCCCGAUGGCGACGGCCUCUGCGCAGAUGUCUCGGACGAGGAGUGGGAAAGGGACCCGGAUAUCGCCUACUGGCGGCCUACGCUGCAGGACCGUACAGCCACCCCCAAGCACUUCGUGUUACCCGGCCGCUUCCCGCGCUGCAGCCUGGGAGCCAACCUCACACAGGGCAACGCGUCCGGCUUCGUCUUGCGCGACGACGGCCACCUGCUGAUGCCGACCGGGGAGUGGCUGGCGCCGGAGGAAUUCUGCGCGGAGCGCGUGCUGUUCAGGGACUCCUCGCUGGUGGUGUUGGCGUGCCUGCACCUCGAGGUUCCGUCGUCGGCGCUGCACGUGGUGGAGGGCGUGCUGCUCGCGCUGGCGUUCGUCGUACAGUUCACGUUCCUGGCAGCCUUCUUCUGGCUGAACGUCAUGUGUAUCGACAUGUCCUGCACCUUCACAACUGCAAUGUGUCCAGUGUUGUUGAACAGUGACGCCACUGCUUCCUCUGGCUGCAGCGGGAUGCGCACCACGCAGUCCCCGGAGCUAGAGCGCGACCGCCGCCGCUUCCUGUGGUACUCGGCCUACGCAUGGGGCUGCACUGCUGCCAUCUGCGCGGCCGCCGUUGUUGCCGAGUUCUCACCCGCCGUGCCCGAAGACUCGCCCUUCAAGCCCAACAUCAAUAAGGGCACCUGCUGGUUCACAGGGAAGCCGGCGACGCUGCUGUACUUCUACGGACCGAUGGCGCUGCUGCUGGUGUCCAACCUGUGCCUGUUCGUGUACACGGCGGGCCGCAUCUACGUGGCACAGCGCGGCUCCGACAUCCUGCGAAAGCCGGGCAGCCAGCGACACCACGGGGGCAGCAAGAGGCUUUCGCUGUACCUCAAACUGUUCGGUCUAACGGGCGUAACGUGGCUGAUGGAGAUCGUGUCGUGGGCAGUGGGCGGACCUGCCUACGUGUGGAUCGUGACUGACCUGGUGAACGUGAUGCGGCCGGCGUUCAUCUUCUACAUCUUCUGCUGCAACCGCACCGUCGUGAGGCAGCUCCGCAGCAAGCUACCCAGCAGCUGGCCCUGCGCACUUGCGCCCUCCAAAGGAGUGUACUUAAGCACCGCUUGCCUCAUGCUGUAG